AUGUGUGUCAUCAUCGUGGACGUAGCUCUUUGCGACUCGACUUGCUCAUAUGCAGCGGCAGACGUGCCCGAUGGCUGCCUCAGAAUCUACCCCUAUACAUACUCUAAGUCUAUCUGCGAAGAGGCUCAACGUGUCCUGGGUUGUUGCGGGAAGGUAGAGAUGGAGAAGCGUGAGAACAAGAAUGGCAGCAGAAUCGAGAAGCGAAUAUGCGAAUCUUGUGUCGCUUGGUCGGCUCUGAUGAGAGACAAGGACGGCCGCAAGGCACGACGCUCGACCAGGAAGUCUGGUCCUCUACGAGAUGACUCAGACAGUGAAUGGCAAACGAGUGUUUUGACGCCCCCAGAUUCUACAGAGCCAUCAGACCUCGAGAUGGAUGUUUAG